AUGCUCUGGGGACCUGGGUUUGAAUUCUGUCAUAACUUGGAUAAAUUUAUGAUCACAUUGUUGGAUGCCAAGCACCAGGACGUCUGUUUUGCUGCUUGUGGAGUGCUUAUAAACUUGACAGUUGAUAAAAACAAACGACCCAUACUGAAACAGGAUGGAGGAAUAAAAAAGUUAAUUGACUGUUUGAGAGACUUUGGGCCUACAGACUGGCAAUUGGCCAGCCUGGUCUGCAAAACCCUUUGGAACUAUAGUGAAAAAAUAACCAGUGCAGUGUUGUUCUUUGGAGAAAAUGAAACUAGUGAACUUCUGGAACUCCUUCCUGCAUACUUAAAUGAAGAAAUUGCAUUGGAUGUUGCCAUCAGUGGUUCAGAUGAAGGACUGAUAGAACAUCAUAAAAUGUGCUGGGAAUCUGAGUUUGUACCUGUGGCUCAACAGUUACUACGUAGGAUUCAGUGUCACCACAGGCACAUAGAAGCUUUACCAUCUUCGUCACUGCAGAAUUGCUCCUCUUCAAAAGGUUUAUUCUAAUAUUCUAUUUGCCAAGGAAAACAAAACUCAACUUGUCUUUCGAUUUGUCUGAUCUAAAAUACUGAAUAUUGAAUUUUUAAACAGUAAUAUAUAACCACUGAGUGUCACAUUGUAAUAGAAAUGCUUGUUUUAGAUUUGGCUUUAUAAUUAAUUUACUUUAUGGAAAUCAAACUCGUGAAUCUCUUGAAAGUAUAUGAUAUAAAUUUAAAAAUUUAUACAACUUCAUGGAUAUAUGGCACCUUUCACAUUUAAGCAACUGGUUUGUAGAAUCUGAUGUUUGGCGUUUGUAUAUGUUUUUCUGUAUAUUAAUGUACAGUGUAAGAUAUAGCAAUGAUCUGAUCUCUUGAUAAUAAGUUUAGAAAGCUGUAAAUAUAUUUUUGUACAUUACAAAUAGUCUUAAUUUUGAGUUUAUUCAAAGACUCUGUGGCACUUUGAUUUAAUGUGGGUGUCAGAUUG